AUGGCGCCGCUCUCCCCCACGUCGAAGCAAGCCAUCGAGCGACUGCGACGGUAUAUCCCGCCCCCAACCAAUUAUGACUCCGUCCCGCUGUCCCGACAGGCUGCUGUGCUGCUUCUGCUGUUUGCCGAUCGACUAGGGGAUCUUCGGGUUAUUUUGACGAUCAGAUCCAAGACUCUCAAAUCAUACCCUGGCCAAGCGGCUCUUCCGGGCGGAAAGGCGGAUUCGCUAUCAGAAACACCCUUUGAGACUGCUCGGCGCGAAGCAUUCGAGGAAAUCGGCUUGCCAAAUAUCGACCAAACGUUCCCUUCCCCCUUUUGGGUAGAGCAUCUCUGCGAACUCCCCGCCAAUCUUGCACGAACAGAGCUAGUGGUACGGCCCUGUGUGGCGCUUCUACACUCCUACGAUGAAGUUACGGGUGAGGACGCCGAUCCAGAGGAAGCAUUCAUGCCCCAACUGGACGCUAAGGAGGUGGCUGCGGUCUUCUCGGGGCCAUUCCACAACUUCCUAAUGAUGCGCGAUGAGCCCCGUGGUGAAGAUGAUUCCAGUCUUCCAGGAGACCCUACGGAGUGGUAUGAUGGAACAUGGACCAACUGGAACAGUACUUGGUGGCGCAUGCACCAUUUCUUCGUUCCGAUAACAAACCAAAAGGUUACAAAGUCGAGAAGAAAGAGCAUUGAUCAAAGUGCCGCCGUUGACGAACUCGAAAAUCAGGAGAUAUCGAUGGGAUUAACCCGCUACAAAGUAUUUGGUAUGACUGCUCGGAUUUUAGUCGACGCUGCUAGAGUGGCCUACGCAGAGGAGCCUCACUUCGAGCAUAACAGCCAUUUUGGCGACGAGGACAUGAUUGCUCGAUUGCAAAAAAUUGGCAGGUUCAAGGAAACUCGAGACCCGGAGGACGAACUUACUCCAGAAGUGUUUGAAAAAGCCUCCAAAUUGACAUGA